AUGCAUUCUGGGAACAUGUCCCUCGUAAGAGCUGUGAUUCCUGGUUUCAUUCUGCAGUCGGAAGAUUUGAAUAUAUCGACAGAUUCCAGCUGGAGAUGCAAAGUAGACGAUGCGGUGAAAAUUCUCUCAGCAAAGGAUUGGGAUCGAUCCAUGGGGCCACCUCUUUUACUCACUAACGAAAGGGUAGACGGAGGAAAAGCCGAUAAAGAAUGGCUCGCCGUGGAUUUUGACGAUUCAGAGUGGGACACUGCCACGAGAUAUUCGAUGAAGGUCCAUAUGCUACCAAUUCUGGAGCCUCGAAGACUGGUCAAGCGUACCAUUCCCAUGUUGCCUGAAACAGAGGAGCAAUUCUCUCAAGUCUCCAAGACCGAUUCUAACAGCGCCGAGCAAAUCGCUUCUUGGGAUGACCUAGUUAAACGAGCAAAACCAGUACAGGUGUCAGAGAACAGCAGGGUGACUGUUGUGCUAGAUUCUGCGCUGCUAACAACCGGGCUCCUCCAACUCCACUUUCGAGGAGGAGCCCGGUCAAAAAUACGAAUACGCUGUGCUGAAUGCUUCGAAGAGGCGCCUGAUGCGGAUAAUCCCAAUCUGUUCGCUCGAAGAAAAGGGGACCGUGAAGACACAUCCGGUGUUCUUCUAGGUCUCGAUGACUACUACAGUGUGGACAGCAACAGCGGUGCAAGUGAUGACGCACAAUACGAGCCCUUUUGGUUUCGUACGUUCAGAUAUGUUGAGCUUAGCAUUACGACAGAAGAGAUGCCUUUGAAAAUACUGAAAUUCAGUUAUAGAGCCUCACAUUACCCACUUGAUAUUACUACACAAUUUAGCUCAUUCCCGACUUCCGAAAUGAAAAAUCAGUGGGAAAUUAGUCUCAACACCCUCCGAAACUGCAUGCAUGAAACAUACGAAGACUGCCCCUUUUAUGAACAGAACCAAUUCGCUAUGGAUGGUCGCAUGCAGAUUCUAUUCACCUACCAACUAGCACAUGAUGACAGACUAGCGCGCAAAUGCAUGCAGGAAUUCUACUCUAGUAGACGACCGGACGGACUGAUAGAGACACAUUUUCCAUCACCUUUCCCCGGUGUUAACAUUCCAUAUUUCUCGUUGUAUUGGAUCCUUAUGGUAUAUGACCACAUGAUGUACAUGGGGGACGAAAGGCUCGUUAGGCGGUAUCUUGGUGCAAUCGAUGGCAUCUUGGACCAUUUCAGUCAGCGAGUGGAUGUGAAUAACGGUCUUGUGGGUCGGCUUGAGUGGGAUACCUGGCCAUUCGUUGACUGGGCUCCUGAAUGGUCUUCAAUAGCCCCUGGUGGUGACUUUCGUGAUCUCGCAGUGCCGCCAUCGUAUCGCCGCACCGGUUUUUCGACCUAUAGUAGUCUCAUAUGUUCUUAUACACUGAAAAAAGCGGCUGAUAUUUGUGACUUUGUCAAACGAUGCGACACUGCCGACGAAUACCGUCGCCGGGCGGCCGACUUGAAUAAUGCAGUCCUCACGCACUGCUUCCGGGGCGACUUCAUUGUUGAUGGGCCUGAUAGUCCCGAUGCAGAGCGAAGUCAACACUCACAUGUGUUUGCGGUUCUUUCUGGUGCCCUUGAAGGAGAAUCAGCCCGGCUAGUAUUACUACGAGCACUUACCGAGCAAGGAUUUGUGCGUUGCUCGUAUGCAAUGUCGUUUUAUGUACUUGAAGCAGCUCUCCAGACGGGCAUAUACGAUCGUAUUCGGACUUCACUGCUAGAGCCGUGGUCUACCAUGAUUCACCAAAAUCUGACAACAUGGGCUGAGUCUGCAGCAAUGCCGAGAAGUGAUUGUCAUGGGUGGAGUGCAGUGCCCAUUCAUGAUUUCGUAGCCAAUGUCGCUGGAAUUAGACCAACCGCUCCUGGUUUCAAGGUCAUUCGGUUUGAACCAAGGCGGUCAUUUUGGGAAAAUAUGUCGGGGAUAUUUGCUACCGGAACAGGGUUGGUGCUUCUAUCCUGGAGUCCUGGAAACCCAGUUGAGUUCACUCCCAACUUCGACGUCCGUGUGGAAGUUCCCCAGGGUCAUGGUUCGUAUGAGUCCUUUGCCGUACGGAAAAGUCAAACACUUCGAUUGGACAUAGAAUAG